GUUAAUCAUCACUUGCCACUGGCCACAACCUACACAUACAGCUCAAUAAAUACGUUUGUUUUUAUGCACGUAUAUGCCGGUACUCGAUUGCUAUAGACUUGAGCGAAGAUGGCUGAGCCAACGGAUAAUGUUACAAUUCCUGAGUUCAGCACUCUUCUACAAAUGGAUCCGUAUCUGAAGCCGUUUGAAAAGGACUUCAAGAGGAGUUUUCCCUUCCUCAAGCGGCAGAGGAGCGGACAUAAUGGUUUCAGGAGCUGUCACGGCGUCUUCAGGAAGUCUGCUGGCAGACUGCUGCUAAUUGUCAAGAAGUAUGCCCAGUUUCAGAAGUGCUUGUGCCUGUUGGAGGAGGCGGAGAGCGGCUUUGACCAGUUCACACGCAGCUACCAGAGUUUUGGGGUGCAUCGGCAGGCCAACAAUGGGAUGCUCUUUAAAGAGUGGGCCCCCGCCGCUGAGGCCCUCUUCCUAACCGGAGAUUUCAACGGCUGGGACAAUUUCUCUCACCCUUACAAAAAAAAAGAGUUUGGAAAAUGGGAACUCUACAUCCCACCGAAGGAGGACAAGUCACCGGCUGUGGAACAUCUUUCCAAGCUGAAGGUGGUGGUGCACACCAGGUCAGGGGAGCGCUUCUACCGGAUCUCUCCCUGGGCCAAGUACGUGAUGAAGCCGGAAGAUUCCGUCAUCUACGACUGGGUGGUCUGGGACCCCCCCCACCCCUACCUGCACAUCCACCCUCGACCCAAGAAGCCGAGGAGUCUGCGCAUCUACGAGUCGCACGUGGGGAUCGCCUCGCCCGAGGGCAAGAUCGCCUCCUACACCAACUUCACCCGCAACGUGCUGCCCCGCAUCAAAGACCUCGGUUAUAACUGCAUACAGCUGAUGGCCAUCAUGGAGCACGCCUAUUACGCCAGCUUCGGCUAUCAGAUCACCAGCUUCUACGCAGCGUCCAGUCGCUACGGGACCCCUGACGAGCUGAAGCAGCUGAUUGACGUGGCGCACUCCCUGGGCAUCAUCGUACUGCUGGACGUGGUGCACAGCCACGCCUCUAAGAACACGGAGGACGGCCUGAACAAGUUCGACGGCAGCGACUCCUGCUUCUUCCACUCGCUCCCCCGCGGGGAGCACAAGCAGUGGGACAGCAGGCUCUUCAACUACUCCAGCUGGGAGGUGCAGCGGUUCCUGCUCUCGAACCUGCGCUGGUGGAUGGAGGAGUACCGCUUCGACGGCUUCAGGUUUGACGGCGUGACCUCCAUGCUGUAUCACCACCACGGGCUCGGCACGGGCUUUUCAGGAGACUACUCGGAGUACUUCGGUCUGCAGGUAGAUGAGGACUCGCUCGUUUAUCUGAUGGUGGCCAAUCACAUCCUGCACACACUGUAUCCCGACUGCAUCACCAUCGCAGAGGAUGUGUCCGGGAUGCCGGGCCUCUGCCGAGCUGUUACCGAGGGAGGGUGUGGCUUCGACUACCGCCUGGCCAUGGCCAUUCCAGACAAGUGGAUUCAGAUCCUGAAAGAGUACAAGGACGAAGAGUGGAACAUGGGCAACAUCGUCUACACUCUGACCAACCGUCGCUACGGGGAGAACUGCAUCGCCUACGCCGAGAGUCACGACCAGGCCCUGGUCGGGGAUAAGUCCCUGGCGUUCUGGCUGAUGGAUAAGGAGAUGUACACCAACAUGAGCGCCCUCAUCCCCAUGACGCCCGUCAUCGACCGCGGCAUUCAGCUGCACAAGAUGAUCCGCCUCCUCACGAACAGCCUCGGGGGGGAGGGCUACCUGAACUUCAUGGGUAACGAGUUUGGGCACCCAGAGUGGCUGGACUUCCCACGGAAGGGCAAUAACGAGAGCUACCACUACGCCCGGCGACAGUACGACCUCCUGGACACCAACAGCCUGCGAUACAGCCAGCUCUACGCCUUCGACCGAGACAUGCACCGCACCGAGGACAAGUACGGCUGGCUGGCGUCCGGACCGGCAUUCAUCAGUGCCAAGCACGAGGGCGAUAAGGUGAUCGUGUUCGAGAGGGCCAACGUCAUCUUUGUCUUCAACUUCCACCCCACAGAGAGCUACAGCAACUACAGGGUAGCAGUCAGCUCACCUGGGAAAUAUAAGAUCAAGCUGGACUCGGACGAGGGUCAGUACGGAGGUCACGGUAGACUGGACCACAACACAGAGUUCUUCACAGAAGCCGUCCCCUUCAACGGCCGAUCCCACUCCAUGAUGGUGUACCUUCCAUGCAGGACGGCACUUGUCCUGGCCAACGAGGAGAUCGACUACUGCUACUGAAGUCAGCCCUGUGUGUGAAAGUGUGCUCCAGCGCUGAGCAGCCAGUUUAAGUGUCAGCUUCUCGUGUUCUCAUAUCCCCCUGCGCAGUCCGCCUGCAGCCACCGAGCUCUACUGCACACACACACACACACACACCCGACACACACACACACACACCCGACUCACACACACACACGCACGCACUCACACCCGACACACACACACACACACGCACACACCCAACACACACACACGCGCGCACUCACACCCGACACACAAACACACACACACCCGACACGCACACACACACACACACACACGCACGCACUCACACCCGACACACACACACACACACACACGCACGCACGCACUCACACCCGACACACACACACACGCACACACCCAACACACACACACACGCGCGCGCACUCACACCCGACACACACACACACGCACACACACCCGACACGCACGCGCACACACACACGCACACCCGACAUACACCUCAGCCAGGAGAUUUGCUCCUCCAAACAUCAAGCUCUUCUGUAGCAAUUAUCUUUUUCACCCGACACACACACACGCACACCUCAGCCAGGAGAUCGGCUCCUCCAAACACCUGUCUGGAAAUAUUUCUGUCAUGCGACACCCCCCCUCACCCAUACUCUUAAAGCAAUUUCACCUCUGAGAUAUAAAAUAUAUAUAUACACAUAUUCCUCCAACACACCCACCUUCAGAAACCACAUUUUUUUCCCUUCCACAGAUUUUAAUGGAGAGCAUACCGUGAUGCAGUGAUGUCACAUCGUUAUGGUUACAGUAGCUUCGUCAGAACAGUAGGAUCUCUCCCCCGUCACUGUGGGCACAUUGUCCAGCCAGUCUUGAUGUUUAAAAAAACAGAAAACAGUAUUUUCUUCAACGACAAAAAAAAGACUUGAUUUUGAAAGAUAACGCGCAUUUGAUUGGUGUGGCAUUCACUUUAAUUUUUAAAACAUGCACUUUCAAAUAUUUUAUAUUUCUAUUUAUACAUUCAUGUUUGAUGUGGUAACCUAGCAUAGAAAUUGUUUGUCAGAGUAUUUAAUUUUUUUGAAGAAUAGGAUGAUGGAUAUUAUGAGGUGAAGCAUUGCACUAGGAUGUGGAGAGAAGAUUUGGGGAGCGUAGGGAUUUAGGAGUGGGAUCUCUCCUGCGAUAAGAAGCUUAAUGGCGCCGCUAACCUUACAGUGCGUGUCAUUUACUGUAAAGAUUCACAUUUUCAGUUUGGGUGUGUAUAAUUCCAUGGUGAUAAUACUGGGAUUUAAUGUUAUUUAUUCACAAUGAGUAGUAAUAUAUGUUGAUUUGUUUUGACAUUGUAAGUAGGUCCCUGUGUACAAACUGAAAAUGUGUGUAUGUGCUCAGUAAAUUUGUAGUUCCCUGAUUAUUACGAUGUGGCCAACCAGAAGCCAUCAAAGAGUUUAGGGGGCGUAUUCAGGCUCCCUGAGCCUAUGACCUGUCAAUCUGGACAUUCUGCUCUCAGAAGUGGACCAAUCAAAUCUACUAAUGAGGUCAGAAGGCUGACGACAGGGCCCUGAGAGACCAAUCAUCUGUCCAAGGCUGUCAGGUAGCCACCCCCCCAUUGAAACCUUUCUCCCCAUCUUCAUAAAAUCACCAAAGUUAUCCAUUUCAUAUCGCAAAUAUCUCAUCCGUUCAUCACCCCAGAAAAUAAUCAAGUGUAUAAGCAACUGCUUUACUUAUUCAUCUACCAUCAGGCUAGAGGCUGUGAAUCGUACAAACACUGAACAAAACCUAAAUAAAUCCAAUUAUGCUUUUCCUCUAUACAUUUUGAGGAUUUUCUCUGUCAACCACUAAGUUUACCUCUUUUUGUACAUUUCCUGUACUUUUGAGAUGAUUUGCGGCUAGUUCCAGAUUCGUUACAUUUGAAAAGCUCUCUGAGUGUACCACCAUUCAGAAAUGGCAGGAAUGCUGCUGUACAGAUCUUACUUCUGCAGUUUUGGCACGUAAAGAGGAGGCAGGUGAAUCAGGCCGUGGGUCUUCCAGCGCGUGAGAUUGUUCCUCAGUACUGUAAAUGAUUGAGUGAGACUGUGGUAAAACAGGCCUACUGUAGCCUAUACACUGUAUUCAUGUUCUUUUUUUAUGUUCUUUUUUUAAAAUUCUUUCUAUUUUCCCUCCCUGAAAUCGUCACUUGUAGCAAAGGCUGUGUACACAAUUGCAUUCAUUUGAUCCCGAGUGUAAGUUCAGCCCAUCUGAACCGUGAUUGCUGUUGAAAACCAGAAUAAAAAGCCUCUGACUGCUG